AUGCGGUCACCGAGCACGUGGGAACUGGUGUGCAUGUGCGCGGCGCUGUUGAUCGGACUGACAGCGUGCAACCCGGCGCUGUCGACGCACGACGCCGACGGUGACGACGUUGACGAUGAGGAGGUGCAGGUGAUAGACCUGGACGAGUUGAGCGCAGCUGAGCUGCAGGGUCUGGCUCAGUUCUUCGGCGAUGACUCGCACCCGAUCGCGCCCAUACGGCAACUCCAGCGACUGCUGAACGAUCUCGAGGAAACGUUCGAGACGGACCUGGACCGGCACAUUAAGCUGUUCGACGAGGUCGAGAAGACGCUGGAGCGAGAGAACGCACGACUCAUCGACACGCCAGACGACUACAAGACGUUGACCCGAAACGUAGAGAAGCUCGGCGACAAGACGAUCGUCACCAACCGCACCGUCGUCAAGCAUACCCUGCACAACGGCAAGGGUCUCUCAAUACUCGAAGAGCAAGAGGUGACGCUGGACGAUAACAAGAGCAAAGACCUUCUGAGCCGGCUUACUCAUAGAACUCUCUACGACACCAACCUUCCCAAGCAGAAAGCGAAAUCCACGGCGGUUACUCCAAAUGCCAACAACGUCUCACAAAAUGUCGACAAAAGCAAUCCCUCUUCGACCGAGCUGAAGUUCGACGCGACAGGAAAGGGAGAGGAAACUGCUGACGGAGAGAACGUCGCGUCAACGUCAAGUCAGCGGUUACCAGCAGAGAAACAGUUCACAAUCGAGAAUGUGCCACGCAGCUGCAAUAACACACGUCACUAAUUGCACGUAAGCGGUGGAGGGGGUGGAGGGCUUGACGACGACGAUCAUUCACCUGUCUGCAUUGACGACGACGAUUCGCCCCCGUCAUCUAUUCAGCUUUUCACGAGAUUAAUCGUUUUAUAGCUGCUGUUUGUUAGUGUAUCGUUCUAAUCGCAUUUUUUACGUUCUCUCUAUAGGAGUGAUAAUCGCAAUUUAACCUUUAUGUAAGCGGUAAGGCGGUCUUCACAUAGUAUAGCGCCCGCGAAACUAACAUUUCUGUGAAACCGUUCUUCCCUCGGGGAAAGGGUUUCCUUUAAUGGCCGCUGCAUGGCGGAUGACGAUAAAUCGCCAAAGAAAGCUCGCCCUUCGGUUAUUACGUCGGGGCGCGAUAUUAGUUAAUCCCCCCUCCCUAACGCUAGUUAAUCCCCCCUUCCUAACGCUAGUUAAUCCCUUCCCUAACGCUAGUUAAUCCCUUCCCUAACGCUAGUUAAUCCCUCUUCCCUAACGCUAGUUAAUCCCCCCUCCCUAACGCUAGUUAAUCCCCCCUCCCUAACGCUAGUUAAUUCCCCCUCCCUAACGCUAGUUGACACGCGCUAGGAUGCGUUGGGCGGAGAGCAAUGUUCGGCGGCAAGCAUUCAACAUCACGAUUUACAUAUGCAUCGCUUCAUGGGUGUGACGUUGUUGCGUAAUGUUCGCGUGGCCACCAACGCUGCUUACAGCGACUCCUUGGUAUGCUUAUCUAUGGGUAGAAAUGCGCUGCUGUAACAAACUGUGAGCGCAACUAAUCCCUGUCGCACACUGUCGACCUAUACUGACCCAGAACUGAACUCUCAGAAAUGACAAUUCUGGCCAGUCAGUUGGAACACGUAAGUCACCUCAAUUUACACACAAUCAGGGGCCCGUUGUCAGAAACAAAAUUAGUCUUAACAUUAACAUUUUGUCUUAGACCGUCGACAGAAACGCUGCGAAGUUACCUCAAUGAAAAAUCGUAGCAGAUUUCCUCAUAGCAAUACCAAACAAAGUGGUGUCGACGGUCUACGAGAAGAUGUUAGUGUUAAGACUAAUGUUAAGACUGAUUUUGUUUCUGACAACGAGCUCCAGGUUCGGCUUUGGAGUGAAUUAACAGAACUAUAAUGACUAUAGUUGCCCAUCUUUUUUCGCGCAAUAGUUGUCUAUACAUACUAGCUUCUUGUACGUGUAGCGGUCGUGUGCACGCGUUGACAUGUUGCAGGUCUGUAUUUAUGUGCAAUUUUGACAUAUUUAGUGAUUUUUGAAUUUCAUUGUUCUUAAUUGGUUAUGGUGGAUUUCAGGCGUACUUCGUAUUGCGGGGAGUAUUUCGUAGAACGGAAAGUUAGCUUUAAGUCACAUUGCAAGGAGAAUGCGCAGACAGGAUAAAACGCAAUGCAAUAGGCAGAAUAUUUUGGAAAUUAAGGAAUAUACAGUUUGUGAGCGUUCAGCGGAUUGAAAUGACGAUUUUUAGACGGGAGCAACAAAAUUAUUUGUUCCCACAUAUUAUCCUAAUAAAGGUCAAACAAAAAGUGCUAAAUUCGCCAACAACUGGCAUGACUACAAGUCUUUAUAUAAUGGAAAUAUUGGCAAAAUAAACGAACUUGGCUUCAUUUAA